AUUUAUUAUACCCAAUGUUAAGUAUGAAUGCAUGUCUAUUUAAGCAUAAAAUUAUUAUGAUUUAAGAGGAGGAGAUAAGAUGAACAGUAAUAGUAACAAUAGAUAAUUAGAGAGAUAUGAGAAAUUAGAGAAAAUUGGUGAAGGUAACUAUUAAUUUUUAAUGUGUUUAGGAACCUAUGGAGUUGUUUAUAAGGCACGUGAUUCAGUUACAAAAGAAUUAGUAGCAUUGAAGAAGAUUAAGUUAGAAAAUGAAGAUGAAGGAGUUCCAUCUACAGCUAUGAGAGAGAUUUCGAUAUUAAAAGAACUCUAACCACAUCCAAACAUUGUGGGUCUCAAAGAAGUCAUCUAUUAACCUAAUGAGAAAAAACUUUAUUUAGUAUUUGAGUAUGUUGAGAUGGAUUUCAAAAAAUUCUUAGAUUAAAACAAACACAAUCUCACAUUAAGUUAAAUCAAAGUAUUAAUUAUAUCAAUUAUAGCAUUUUACAUUCCAAAUAUUAAAUGGUCUCAAUUAUUGUCAUUCUAGACGUAUAAUACAUAGAGAUCUAAAACCAUAAAAUAUUUUAAUAGACAAAUCAACAGGAAUUAUAAAAUUAGCAGAUUUUGGAUUAGCUAGAGCUUUUGGAGUACCUAUAAAAACUCUUACACAUGAAGUAGAAACUCUUUGGUAUAGAGCUCCAGAAAUAUUAUUAUCAUAAAAGUAAUACUCUUUGGGAGUUGAUAUCUGGUCUGUUGGAUGUAUUCUUACAGAAAUGGUUGAAAAACAUGGAUUAUUUUGUGGAGAUAGUGAAAUCGAUUAAAUCUUUAAGAUAUUUUAAUAUCAUGGAACCCCUACUGUAUAAGAUUGGCCAAACAUUGCAGAUCUUCCAGAUUUUAAACCUACAUUCCCUAGAUUUAGACCAACUCCUCCAGAAUAAUUUUUCAAAAAUUUUGAAAAAGUAUUUAUUUUAUAAAAUAUAAUAUUAGAAUGGAUUAGAUCUAGUUACUAAAAUGAUUGCUCUUGAUCCUGCUAAGAGAAUUUAUGUUAAAGAGGCAAUGAAACAUCCUUUCUUUGAUGAUCUAAGCAAAGAAGAUUUAGUUAAAUAUUUCCCACCUGGAUAAUAAAAUUUGGCAAUGCAAUAUGGAAAAUGA